CCAGGGCGUGGUCUGCCCCAAUCAGUUUAGCGAAAUGACGGAUCCAAGUCACUUUGCGGCGAAAGAUGAUCUCCCUUCUCACUUUGGCGCUGUGAUGUUGUAGUGCUUCGUCCGAGCUGCUGAUUUUUUCCCCAGCUUCAAUCCGCAAGUCUGUGGGAACAGUCGCAGGCCUCGUCCGUGCACCCAUCACAAUGCACCAGCACCCGAUGCCCGUGUGCGCCUUUAGCGGUGCAGACAUAUUUGAGUGUAUACAGAGGGGAAAUGUUGAUCAGUGUAUACACUCCGUUCAAAACGAUCGAUCAGUCCUCAAGCAAAAAGGCUGGGGCGGGUUCAGCCCUCUCCACUAUGCUGCCCUUCAUGGUAACCGUGUCCUGGUGGACCUUUUUCUCAGCAACGGAGCUGACCCUAACCUGACAUCCGAUUCAGGACAGACAGCCUUUCACUUUGCCUGCAGGCAAGGGAACAUCUAUAUCAUACACCAAAUGAUGCAGUAUGGAGCUGAUCUACGCCUUGUGGAUGUGCAGGGUAAAACGUCACUCCAUCAUGCAGUCACUGGGGGCAACAUUAUUGCAGUGCACUAUUUGUGGGAGACAGGAAUGUUCCGGUUCUCAGACACGGACAUGUACCAGGUGACGCCACUACACCUGGCUGCGUCCACGGGCAACACAGAGGUGAUCCAGUAUCUGCUCAGAGACCAGAGAUGUGAUGUGGACGCAGUUGACCAGCAGGGGGCGACAGCAUUUCACGUUGCAGCGGAGAGGGGUGGAGUGGAGGUGUGCUGGACGCUGCUGCAGAGAGCAGGGUGCAGGAUGCUCCAUCAGAAGAACCACAUUGGCCUCACACCGCUCCAUCUCAGCAAGCAGGGGAGAACAUUUAGACAUCAGCAACUCACCAAACUACUGAGUCGGCACUUUCAUGAGCCGAUACACCUCAAGCCCAAAGAGUCUCAUGCUCUAUAUUACUGGACCCUGUUUUUUCCAUCUCUGAGUGGAGCUGCCAUCCUGCUAAUAGCAGCCAUGUUGGGAGGCUAUGGCGGUCUAAUCUGUGGCCUGCUCUUCCCCUGGCUGGCCAGGAGCAUCUUCACACAGUUCCACCGCAUGACCACAUACCAAAGGUUACCCAACCCGAUCUACUUGGGGACCCUCAUAGCUGGCCUGUUCCACUCCCUGCUCUGCUUCUAUGGAAGAAUCAUGCCCAGUGUGUGGCCAAACAGUCCUCUGAUCCAGAUGUCAGUGGUCCACUUCUCCCUGGUCCUGGGUUUGUUCUGUAAGGUUCUGACACAGGACCCUGGCACGCUGGACAGAGCAGAUGCCGAUCCUCGAUUCUCCUGUAUCGCUGACCUGGUAGAGAACAACCAGAGCCCUCACAGGUUCUGUCCAUACUGUGAGUUGUUUCAGCCUGACUACACUAAACACUGCAAGCUGUGUGAAGUGUGCGUCAAAGACUACGACCAUCACUGCCUUUUCCUCAACCGGUGCGUCGGCCGCGGCAACCACCGCCUCUUCCUCUUCUUCAUCCUCUCAAUGGUGAUUGCCCACCUUCUUUUUAUUGCCACGGCGGCAAGUUACCUGUACGACAAGAUGCCUGCAGGCUCUCGUACUCUGUCACUGUGGCUCACAUUGUCAGGGGAGGAGUUCUGGGUUGUCGUCAUGAUGGUUAUGAAUGCGCUUACGCUCUUGUGGGAGGCGUGGCUACUGAGCGAGCAGUUUGACGCCAUCGCCACAGGAACGACCACCUACUUCAGACAGAGCACCAGCUCAGCUCGACAGAGGUCACUCGGACAACGCUGGGUUGUGGUGCUGUCGUUUCUGCUGGAGGGUCGAAGACGGGUGGGCAGCGGACUAACAAGAGAGGACAAAAUUGCCAUAGACAUUUAAAACUCUGGGUUAGUCUUGUAUCUUGUUUCGUCAUCACACACUUACAAAUAUACAUUCUCAGUCUUUGGUGUGCACUCAACUUUGUGAUAAUGUCCUUUCAAGAUUCGGAAACUCGCUAAUGCCAUAUAACAAGUUGUAGGUGAAUGUAAAAUGUGGUCAUAUUGUAAUAUUCUAUUUCAAUAAACAGUAGCCUGUAUGUGUUUAGAGUGGCAAGCAGGAUAACUACCACUAAUAGUUUAGUCUAGUUCAUCUAGUUUUUAGGGACCGCACUGAUUUUUUUUUUAUGUACUUGUUGGUUAACAUUGUACUGGAUAUUUCCAAAACUGUAUUUUAGCAGGGCACACCUAUGAUAAGAUGAAACACAACUGUUUUUUAAAAAAAAUUCCAUAUCACCAUACAUCUUUCAACAUUGUUGUUAAUGUUAAUUUAAAUAAAACUGUAGAUCAAAGUU